AUGGUUGGUUCACAAGGCUUCAAACGGCAGGAUAUUGUGUUUGGUGUGACGUGCGAUCGAGUCGACGAGCUUUUCCCAUGGUACGGUAUUCCGAUGGGGAUUGCUGAUCUGGAGCGAGAAGACUGCUAUUACGGUACACUGUUUGAUCCAUUGAUCGAUGAAAACUCUGAAUAUAGUUGUAAGAAGCGUGAAUAUAUGGCCGGUAUUACAAGAUUAUCUGAUACAAGGGUACAAAUUUUAUGCUGUCGAUUGAGGACGAGAGAUGAGAAAGAAUGUCGCGAGAAACGAUUUUCGAAACCAAUUGGAAAUGACCAAACACCUGAGAUUUUCGAGCAGAAGAAAGUGAUCAACGCAAUCGCUGUUGAUCGUUUCGCAUUCCGAGUGCGAUUCUGUGAGUUGACGCCUCGUGCAGUCGGUUUAAUUUAUGAGGAUGAGCCAUUAACAACGACAACAGAACAACCGUUUGAAAGCAACGAAUUAACACCAGCAACACCAAUUGAAGAAUCUGGAUUAGAUUCAGAAGAAGUAGCCGAAAAGCAACAAACAACCAGGAGCACAACUCUUCGAACAACGCGCACUCCUCGUACAACAAAAAGUUGCAAUUUUUUUCUUCCUUCCGUUUUAUCAACACGAAGAACUAGAACUACAGCCAAGCCAACAACAACAAAGAAACAUCGUGUUCUUCAACUAAGACGACCGUCCAAUUCAGUCAUUGAAAUCAACGAUAACGAAAGUAAGGAAAACGAUGAGAGCGGUGACGAAGUGAAUGAGAUUGCUACUCAUGAUGCUGAUGAUGAGCAAAUGAUAACUCAACCAAACGAACAAACAUCUCAGAAGUUUCAAUCAAACCGGAAAGAUGAGGAUUCAUCCACAACUGAUAAAAAUGAUGAUAAUGAUGAUAAAGAUUUUGAAGAGGGUGAUGAUAAGGAUGAUAGCAAUGAUAAGAAUGGGAAUGGGAGUAGGGAAAACAUUUUUGUUGCGUCACCAUCAUCUAUGCAAAGCGAAGAAACAAGUGAUGCGCAGCAAUUCUUAACCCAAACACCACUUCUACCAACACCGAUUGAGCGUCAACAAUCUGAAUUGGCCAAUAACGAUAACAACGAUUCACCAACAAACUCACUCACUGAUAAUGAUUAUGAUGAUGACGUUAGAUCCCAUGAAUAUACCACUGAUAAUGAUGUAUACGAAACGUUUCUGGACAAUGAUCCAACCGUAACACUACCACAAACGAUCAUCAAUGAUGUCAACGAUCAGGCUUCGUCCUCAUCAUCCUCUUCCCAAACAACAGACGAACUUGCCUCACAAAUGCCAACAGAUCGCCUUCACAGAGCAUCAUUGCAACAAAAACCGUUAUCAAUCAUUACCAAAAAAGUGGCCGCAUCAAAGCGCAAAAAGUUCGAUGACCAUAUUCAUAAGAAGCUGAAAAAUAAAGACUCACAAAAUGAGCACAGUCAACUGAAUGCCAUUGAAAACAUUGGCAAAAAUCUUCGCAGCACAACCACAACAAACAGAAAUUCUUUUUUCGUACACCGUAAAAAUUCUUUAUUUCCUGAACAUUCAGCCUCCAGAAAGAAUCGCCUACAUGGUGCAAAAAUAGCGAACACAGUACAAAAAAUUGAACCGUUGCAAUUGCUCAGAAAUACGGAUCACGAAAGACUGUCCUAUCGAUCGCCAGUGGUUCAACAGCAACGAAAACAACGGCAGCAACGCCAUCGCCAACAACUAGUCUCAAUGGCAUCACCACGCAGUAUGAAUUAUGAGGAUGCUGAGGAUAGUAAUGAUGAGUAUGAUGAAUAUAAUUCCGAAUGGUUCAACAAUGAGAAUUUGGAUGAGGAUGGUUUGCUGCAGCAAGAUCCGAUCCUUGAUAGCGCCGCUAAUAUCAAAGAAGAAUUUAAAACUUUGCCCAUCUCUGCAACACAUUCAUCAUUUAGAACGCCGUCAUCGUUAUCGUUGCAGAAAGCUUCGUUGAUUGAUGUCUUAUCGCAACCGACCAUCACUCAGCAACAACAAUUCAUUUCUCCUUCCUUAUUCUCCCCACCUUCACGCAAUUCGCAAUUUUUACAGCAGCACUCCAUGUCACCACUAUUUUCACCUCAAAAUCCUUCAGCUUCACCAUUUCAACCGUCUGUAAUGGGCUUUGAAAAUUAUCCAGUAGAACUCGGGCAAUUCCCAGGAAUGCUACCAUCUCCUCAUGCUCCUCUGUCAAUUCCUGCUAUAUAUGAGCAGUUACCACGACGGUCGUCAAAUACAAUGACUUCUGAGACAUUGUUAAGCCCGGACUUUCGUGAUCCGUCUCAAUUUGGCUUUGACAGUGGUAAUGAAAAUGCCAAUCAUUUCAUAAAACAACAGAGUGCAUUUCAACAACCGUCGAUUAUGAACUCAUUAAACGGUAUGAAUAUGAAAAAUAACAAUGACCUCAUGAGUUAUGCUUCAACCAUUUUAACUGAUGAUAGCAACAACGCAAUGGAGAACGGAAAUGAACAAGUUCAUCUUCACAAGAAUACCAGUAAUAUUAUCAACGAUGCGCAACCACUAACUGACGCUUUCAUAUCUCAAAGUGGUGGAAUCAUAUCGUCUGUUGCGCCGUCAUUGUUAUCGUACAACUUAGCAGAAGUCAAACAGGUCGAUGGGUCGCUUACGAACGGAGCAGUGAACGUUGGCAGCGUUCAUGAAACUACGAUUGUUAAACCAGGGAAGACCUCACUGAGACCCGAUUUAGCAAUAACAGUAUCAUCAAUUCCACUGACAACCACAACACUUUCACCAGUUGCCGCAGCAACUUUACCAACGACAAUAUCAACAACAACGUUACCGAUAAUCACAACAACCUUGCCGACAACUACGAAAACUUUACCAACAACAUCAUCAAUAACCACGACAGCUUCACCAAUAACCACGACAGCUUCACCAAUAACCACGACAACUUCACCAAUAACCACGACAACUCCACCGACAACUUCACCGACAACAACAUCAGAAAGGACAUCACCAAAAACGUUGAUGUACCCAACAAGUACCACCACUGAUUCUUCGUAUUAUCUAAACAAUUACUCGGGUGAGAUGCCAACCUUAGACGAGAUUCGACAACAACAACAACAACAACAACAACAACAAGUGAAUAAUGCAAACGCACUAUUCACAGAUGAGACGUCAACCAUGGUCCAAAUGAAUCAACAGCAGCAAAUGAAGCGAAUGGAGAACGUUGCAAAUCUGACGCAGCACGCUUUCAUAAAUCCCAUGAACGGUGCUGUUGAACCAUCGGUGUUAUGGAUACCAGAACAGAGCAAUGAACACUACCAUAAUGCACUUACCGUGACGAUUCAUCCAACUGUCGAUAAUAUUCGCACCACAUCUGCUUCAUCAGUAUAUUCGCUAAAAACAACCAAAAUCAGGCAAUUUUCUGGAACAACAACCACACUAAUGAGCACACCAACGAUAAUGCAGCAAGCAGAGAAUGAUGACGUUACUCUAAAAGACAAUCGAUCUCACAUAGAUGAGUUCACAUCGUCCAAUGAAAGUAUGCCAUCUUCAUUGCAAUUAGAAAAUAUGCGGCGAGAAUCAAAAGGUGCCGAGUUCAUUCUAACAUCACCACACACAUACCGACAAACGCAGCCUCAGUUAGUGCAAGUGCCAAAUACUUAUGAGACCAUAACGGUACCAUCUACAACACCUAAAAUUAUAACUUCUACUUCUACUUCUACUACUACUACUUCUGCUGUUAUAACUAAAAACGAUGAAGCACUGGGAUCAGAAAGGAACACUAUAAAAGGAAUACAGUUGAAUGGUGGUACAGAAACGUUGGCUUAUGAUGGAUUCAAAAAUGGCAACAAUCGCAGUUCUUCUGAAACCACCGAACAAUCAGAGCAGCCGGACGAUCGACUCGCUGAUAAAGAAUCAAAGAACAUUGAGCAUAUAACUACAACAACAUCUAUUAAUUCAACUGACACGGUCGUUAGUAGUAGUAAUAGUGAGUCAAUGAAUAUCAGCGGUCAUUUGGAUUCAUCAAAUGAAAAAUUAUUGGACAAAAGUAAGGAAAAGAUUACUACACAGGAAGAGAAUUUUGGUAUACUAUACAUGAGAUGGUAUCACUACUUUCUCAGUGACCGUCUCAUGCAUGAAAGUACCUGGAUUGCCAAUCCAGAAAGUUUACUCAACGAUUUGGAUAGUUUAUUGGAAAGUCAAGAAUUAUCGGAAUCAGAAGUUCAGAUUGCUGAAGAUUUACUCAGAGAAUCGCUACAGCAAGAGGAAACAGAAACUGAGUCAUUCGAACAACCAGAAAUCAACUCAGAACUUGACGAACAACUGGAAGAUGAGCCAGCUCUCGGGGAGAGUUUAUUGGCUGAAAAUCAUAUGGAAAAGCCAAAAACUUCGCAUAAACAAUCUGAACACACCGAAAACGCAAUUAACUCGUCGCAAUCGCGUGAUAAGUCCAUACAGCAAUCUAGUGAUUCGAAUGCACUGUUUGAUGCAUUUCCAUCACCCCCCACUCCAUCGCAUCGUCCAGUCACAAAAGAUGAAACCAAACGCGGUCAACAUACAACUAAAUCAGAAUCAUCGAAAGCACGAAAAUUAUCUAUUCCAACAGCGCCGUAUGUGGAUGAGGAUUUGAAUCUGUCACCAUUCGAAACAACGACCGAUGAUGAUAAUAUGCAAAAUUCGGAUUCGUUGCUGAACAUUCUAUCGAAGGCCCGUUCAUUAUCUGUUGCAUCCCGAGAAGUUUCUCAUCUGAAGAAAGCAGCUAGUGACGAUCCCACGGAGUCAAUUCCCUCAUUUGUUUCAACCGAUGGUUUGAAAAGCUCUAAGGAAAUUUCAUCUGAGAUUCGACGAGCUCCUAUCAAAAAACCAUGGAGGAGAGCUGGAGCCAGAUUCAAGCCGUUUACUGGCUUUCCAAGUAUGCCAUCAAAUAAAAUUUCGACUGAUUUCAUUUUUCCAACAUUUGCCGACGAAGUAGCAUCUAAUGAAGCAGAUUAUCAAGAGAAUGAUUUCCCAGUAAAACUUUCUGGUCCUGAUGCCACACCAACAUUCCAUCCGAAAGCUGACAUUCCGAUUGAGAUGCCUCCUUUAAUAAUAUACGAUACGCCGAAUCGUGAUAAUGUUCUAUCGCUUCCCAGAAACGAUAACGUGAAAAAAUCAUCGUCAAAGUUGCGAACACUCGAAGCUGAUAAUCCAUCUGAAUCAUUCGACCUCACAAGAGGAAUGCAUCUUCAACAAAUGAUUCCAAUGAGCAAUGUAAGUGAAAUGCAAAGACGAUAUGAUGAGGCGAAACAUGAAACUCUAAGCAAAUUAACAGCACCACACGAAGCACUAUCAACAGCUACAAUGCUGCACACUACAACAAAAACUCUUCCAAAGCAAAAUAACUUUGGCGAUAAUAUGAAUGAAAUGAGAAGUUAUAAUAUUGCGCACAAUGAACUCGACAAUCAAAUCAAUGAACAGCCUUAUCUGCAACAACACUCACUCGAGCAGUACGAGAAUCGUGCGGAUUUUACGACCUAUAAUCCGGCUAAAUUUUAUCAUACGCCACCACCAAAGAGAGGAACGCUACGAGAGGAGAUAUUGACAUUCUGUACGAAAGAUAUUGCGAUCAGAGAUACAAACAACUUGGUGAUUGCUUGUGGAAGUGAUACCGAAGUUUGGAUACCACACAGAUGCCCGAGUGGCAGUGAGUGCUUUGUUGCGUCUGAUUCAACCUAUCGAAUCUGUUGUGCUGUUGCAGAUGCUAUUCAGUAUGCAAACUAA